UGUCCUUGGCAUUUGCUGUGAAGGAACUCAAUGAGAAUCACCAAAUCUUACCCAAUGUCAGUUUGGGCUUCCACAUCUUAAACAGCUAUUUUUUGGCAAGGUGGACUUAUCUAGCCUCAAUGGAACUUCUAUCCACUCAGGAAAAGUUCAUCCCUAACUACAAAUGUGAUAUUCAGAAUAGGAUUGUGGGAGUCAUUGGGGGACCUACUUCUGAAGUCUGUCUCCACAUGACCAACAUCUUGAGCACCUACAAAAUUCCGCAGAAAAGACCCCAAUCCCUGUGUAAUGACUAUUGUCACUCUGGUUCAAGUAAGGUCAAAAUAGAAGGAAAGCCAUUUUGCUGCUAUGACUGCUUUUCAUGUCCAGAAGGGAAGGUGACAAAUCAGAAAGACAUGGAUGAUUGUUUGCCAUGCCCAGAAGGACAGUAUCCAAAUAACAACCACGAUUCAUGCCUUCCAAAACAGAUAGUUUUCCUGUCUUAUGAAGACCUAUUAGGGACUACUUUGGCCACUACUUCACUCAUCUUUGCUUGCAUUGCCACGGUGGUUCUUGGGAUCUUCAUCAAAUACCAGGACACUCCCAUAGUCAAGGCCAACAAUCGGAACAUCACCUACCUUCUCCUUGUCUCCCUUGUGCUCUCAUUCCUUUGUAGUUUAUUAUUCAUCGGACAACCUGAAAAGCUGACCUGCCUUUUACGACAAACUGCUUUUGGGAUCAUCUUCUCAGUAGCCAUUUCUUGUGUAUUGGCCAAAACCAUCAUUGUGAUUUUAGCUUUCAUGGCUUCAGUGCCAGGAUCCAAGAUGAGGCGAUGGCUGGGCAAACAUUUAGAUAAUUACAUAGUUGUUUCCUGCUCCCUCAUUCAAGUUGUUGUUUGUACCAUAUGGCUUGCAAUCUCACCCCCAUAUCCAGAUACUGAUAUAAACUUAGUGGCAGAUGAAAUCAUCUUGGGAUGUAAUGAAGGCUCUACUGUCAUGUUUUACUGUGUCUUGCUAUACCUGCUUUUCCUUGCCAUUGUUGGUUUCAAUGUGGCUUUUCAAGGUCGGCAUUUACCAGACAGUUUUAAUGAGACCAAGUUCAUCUUCUUCAGCCUGUUGUGCUUUUGCAGUGUCUGGUUGUCCUUUUUUCCAACCUAUCUGAGCACCAAGGGGAAGUACAUGGUAGCUGUGGAGAUCUUUUCCAUAUUGUCAUCUAGUGCAGGACUACUAGGCUGCAUAUUUUUUCCCAAAUGCUUUGUCAUUCUACUAAGGCCUGAUUUGAAUACUAAAAAACAAUUAAUGAGAGGCAAGAAAGAAGAAAUAUAAUUCCAUGACUGGUUCAGUGAAAGAAACAUUCAUUGAAGACCACUCUGGAAUUAGAACUGAUCCAGAAUGAAGCUGUUGCAAGUCAUAGGAAUCCUCUUAUUAUUUCUGAGUGCAUACAUUUUUCCUACCUUGGAAAAAAAACCCAAAAUUGGUGAAAUCAAUUAUGACCCCAGAUAUUCCCACCCUUAUUUUAAUAAAUGGAAUAUAAACAAUGA